AUGCGCCCUAACACUGCAGCUGCGUCGGGCGAAGACAUGUCUAGCACCGACAACAAGUCCGAGAAGCACGGAGCAAGGCCCGAGAACGAGAUCGGGCCCGGCGAGGUGGAAGUGGAUCCUCGUUCUCUGCCGCCCAAGGGCGGCGAGACGGGCAAGUUGUCACACGACAGAGAAAUCGACGCGAGCGAUUUGGAGGUUGGCACCAACCAGACCGAUUCGAUGACAGACUCCAAGGGCAAGACAGCGAAGCUGGCCCGGUUCUACAGGAAGUUCAGACUUCCGAUUCACGUGUUUGUAUGGAUGCUAUUCACGGCAUGGUGGAUCGUCGGCCUCGUCUUCCAGCGCGAGAAGAUGGGCUGGUUGAAGUCAUUCCUGGUAUAUCUCGCCAUCACCAUACGCAUAGUCACCUUGUGGCUCCCUGCCGCUGCCGUCAUGGUACCUUUGCGUUUCCUUUGGAAGCAUUCCGUCGGCAGAGCGUACGACUUGAUCCCCAGCAAGCUGCACCAGCCUCUUGCUGCGCUCCUCACUAUCGGAGUGUUUCUGGUCGGCUCGAUGAUUCCGAAAGAAGUAGGAGAGAAUACUCGUGCCAGUCGGGCCAUCAGUCUCUUCGGCCUGCUUCUCAUGAUCGGUCUUCUCACCCUCACCUCCCGCGACUGGAGAAAGAUCCCUUGGCACACCGUCAUCGGUGGGAUGCUCACCCAGUUCAUCAUCGCCGUGUUCGUGCUCAAAACCAGCGUUGGCUACGACAUCUUUGCCUUCAUCUCCGAGAUGGCGCGGACGCUUCUGGGUUUCGCAAAGCAAGGGCUUGAGUUUUUGACAGCGACAGAGGUGACUGCCCUGACGUGGUUUCUCAUUUCCGUGAUUCCGGCCAUCAUUUUCUUCAUCGCGCUCGUUCAGCUGCUCUAUUACUGCGGACUCCUGCAAUGGUUCAUCAAGAAGUUCGCCGUCUUCUUCUUCUGGUCUCUCCGCGUCUCAGGCGCCGAGGCCGUGGUUGCGACGGCAACCCCUUUCAUCGGGCAAGGUGAAUCGGCAAUGCUGAUCAAGCCCUUUGUGCCCUACCUCACGCUGGCCGAGAUCCAUCAGGUAAUGACCUGUGGCUUUGCGACUAUCGCGGGAUCAGUCCUGGUUGGUUAUAUUGGCCUCGGUCUCGAUGCGCAAGUCCUUGUUUCUUCAUGCGUCAUGUCGAUUCCGGCAAGUAUUGCCGUGUCGAAGCUCCGCUACCCGGAGACCGAGGAAAGCCUCACUCGUGGCAGCAUCACGGUGCCGGAGGACGAAGACAAGGCCGCCAACGCCAUCGACGCCUUUGCCAGCGGAGCUUGGUUCGGCAUCAAGGUAGCUGGCAUGAUCGUCGCCACCCUUCUCUGCAUCAUAUCCUUUGUCGCCCUCAUCAACGGCAUCCUCGGCUGGUUUGGCAAGUUCUUGGGCAUCGAUAACCCCCCAUUGACCCUUCAGCUCAUUCUGGGAUAUGUCUUUUAUCCCGUCGCCUGGUGUCUUGGAGUGCCCAAGAAGGACCUCCAUACAGUGGGAGAGCUCAUUGGAAUCAAGAUCAUCACGAACGAAUACGCUGCUUUCAACGCCCUGUCAAGCAAGGUCGAGCCCUACAUCUCCAUGUCCCCCCGCUCCAGGCUCAUUGCAACCUACGCCUGCUGCGGCUUUGGCAACAUUGGUUCCCUCGGCACUCAGAUCGGAGUUCUCUCGCAGAUUGCUCCCGGACGCGCCGGUGACGUGUCUCGUGUUGCCAUGUCUGCUUUGUUCGCUGGCGUACUGUCAACCCUCACGUCUGCGAGCGUCGCUGGCAUGCUGUACACUGGCUAG